AUGGCGGACGACGCCCAUUACUGGCUCUCCUCCCCGGAGAGCGCGACCGGAACGCCGACGGUUCACCUCUCGACUGCCCCGAGUCUCUAUGGAGCUGAACAUGACCGCCCUGAGCGCGCGGAUCCCGAGCACGGCCCCCGCUGCUCCGCCGGAGCCGGUACUGAGUUGGCCUUGCCGACGAGUGACUCUCCACCCGAUGAGACGUCGCGCACCGACGCGUCCCCGCUGAGAUCAAACGAAGUCUCACCGACGCCGGCAGGCAAGGGCCAACGUCUGGGCCCCUUGGGCUUCGAGACGGCGGCCCCAAAGCACAAUGACGACCAGAUCCCCAUGGCCAGCACACAAGGAACACUCCGCACGCCGUCCCCCGCUACGCAACCUCCCCCGCCCGCUACGCCUGCCCCGAAUCGACACGCUGACCUCGCGCGCACGAAACCGAGCGACUACGUCCUGCCAGCGUACGAUGUGAACCGCGAGCCAGUCGAAGCGGGGAACCACUCGAGAAAGCGCCAGAGAACGGCAUCCAUGAUUCAGCUUGCGGACGAUCGCGACCUCGGCGCCCGACCUGGCCAGGCUACGCCUGCGUCUGCGGUGUAUCCGACUAACGCGACGAUGUGCAACACGCCGCGCGGAGAGGCACAAGUUGUCAUUGACCCCCUCACCGGUGACAAGUACAUCGGGAAUGUACUAGUUGAACGCGCGGACGGGAGCCGCCCUGAUUCCCUCUGGCGUGGCGUGAAUGGCUCCGCGAUGUGCACCGAAGCUCUGACUCAAGCAGCCCCUGCCCCGACCUUCCGUGACGGCCAGAACAUGGUGAUGACUGUCCAGCCGUCUCCGAGCGCGCCAUGGGCCCCUGCUGUGUGCGCCCCGAACGCGCCCGUACCGGGAUCGAUGCAAACGGCGACUGAGCCGUACGGAGCCGCGAACCCCCAUCCCCUGGCCCUGAACGAUGGCAGAGGAGACCUGAACUCUGUGAGGCCGCCGCCGGACCAAGACACCUUCGACUACCUCUGGCGCUUCUACCAGAACGCGCAGAGGCUUGAGAACGGCGGGCCUCUCAACCCCGACCUCGCGGCGCCCCCCACGCUAACGCACCAGAGCCCGGCAGUGUAUCAAAACGCGUACGCGAGCCACGCGCUGCCUGAGCCCGUUGAGCGCGGCUCUCCCCGCGUCUGCCCUCCCCUCCCGGCCUCCUUGACGCCCGUGGCGCUCUCGGCUGCCCUGGCCGCUCCCCCGAGCAGCGGCGAGCCCCCCAAUCCCACUCCGCGCGCCCAAGCGCCGCCCGCUGGCCGUGAUCUCGUCAUGAUGGACGUCGACGGCCCCAACUUCGCGCACCCCCCACACGUCCGUGACCCCCCAGUUCCGCCGCUUGAGACCUACGAACUCGCGGCUGCCAGUCCCGUGCCUGCCCCGCCGAUGACUGAGAACGCCCCCUCAUCGACGCACACGAGUCACGACAAGGGAAAGGCGAAGGAAACGAAGCAACUGGCGGAGCGCCCCACCCGAGCGGAGGCCCUCACCCGUGCUGGGAAGCUGACGGUUAUCCCUCCGCCGGAGGGCGGGUAUCCGGUCAAGCACCCGAUGGGCCCGCACGACCUCAUCCGCGGCCUCGACCCGCAGAAAAUCGAGAGCUGGAAGGAGGAGCUAGAGCCUAGAACCUGGGUCGUCGUGGAAAUCGAGUGGCAGCGUGACAUGCGCGACCGCGCGCACGCGCGACUGGCGAAGAAGCUCUUCCUCAGCCACGUCUCGACCAUUCUGGGGCGCGACGACUUCCUCUAUGUCUCACCGGACCCUGAAUCUAACUGCGAACGAAAGGGAGACUUCACGACCGCCUGGCUGCUGUACGGACUGACGCCGGAGGAAUGGAGCAUGCUUCUCCGCCAGCGCGUGUGGCCGAUGCUCCUCAUGACACUCCACAUCCACGGCGCGUUCGAGACUGUCCCGGAGUACCUCCUGUCCUAUGGCGGCUUCCAACAAGGCAACGCCGCCGUCAUUGAGCGCGAAAUCAAGAGGAUCUAUGCUGAAAAAGGCCGCCUCCCCUACCUCGCCACGAUCAUGACUGGGGCCACCGACCGCGACCCGACGGAGCCUGAGCUGGAGGCCGCGCGCAAGGUUCUCCGCACCAUCAAAGUCAAGACAUACCCGACGUUUGUGAACGGCGAGGAGGCCGACUACAUCGCCCAGGUCUACUGUAAGCCGCCCACGCCGGACGUCUACCGCUGGCAGGAGUGGCGCAGCUCGCUCUUCGAGUUCCCCAUCGACUGCCGCUUCGAGGCGACUGGGAAGCCUCUGGACCCGGUCCGGUGUGUUGCGUGCCACGGCGGUGACCACGUAUAUGCGCAGUGCCCCUUUGCGGCCAUCAAGGGAUGGGCUGAGCGACUUGGCCCGACGCCGGACCCGCCGAAGAGGGCGCAGAGCAGCGCGCCGAACACCGGCCGCCCCCUGGGGUACUCGCAGACGCAAGGAGCGCGCCAGAACACUGCGCCGCCGCCUUCGUACGCCCCCAGCCGGCCACCAAACUCGAACCCGCCCCCUCCCCAGCAGCAGCCGCAGCCGCAGCUGCAACACCCGCAGCAGCAAGCCCGCCAGCAGCAGUCGCGAACGGCCCGCCGACAGAACUGGCCCGCGCAGCAGACGAGGAACACGUCUGCCCCACCGCAAUGGGGCGAGACAGGGCAGCAUGGCAUCCAGAUCAACAACCCGGACCAGGCGCGGUACGCUGGCUUCCGCAACUCGGUCCCCCAGAACUACCGGCCCAACACGUACGCGGGCCCCUCGACGUGGAUUGAACCGAAGGAGGAGAACGAGGGCGGCCCGCGCCUGGGCCUGUCCGAGCAGGGCCCAGCGGGGGAGAGCACGAGCAGCGGACACGACCAUGGGCAGCCGCGUGGGCACGCGUACCGGGGCCGCCAGUUGAGCAGCGAGCCGUGGCACGCUGGAGGCCCCUCGGAGGGCGACUGGCACCAGUAG